AUGAAGCCGCAGAAGACCAUUCAUUGGGUCACACCAACAACUAUGGUCGCUGCUUUUCUUGUCGGAUGCAUGCUAUCUCUUGGCCACCAUCUCUUCUAUUCGAGUUUAGCUGGAACCAAUACUCCAACGGGAUAUUAUCACGCGAUCGCCGGGAACAAGAUAUCUAAGCAAGAACUCAAUACAGCAAUUGGCACAACCUUUGCUUUCUUGGUCAAGGCUAUGCUUGCACUGGCUGUUUCAACAGCCUAUGUACAGGCAUUCUGGCAUUCCGCCAAAGCCUCAAAAAGAGGGCAACGCUUGUCGACUCUCGAAACGACAUUUCCGAUCCUAGGUAAUGUGCUGGGGUUUGCUAAAGUUCAUGUUUGGGUCAAGCAUCCGUUACUCCUGUUCCUAGUAAUCAUCGCUUGGUCUGCACCUAUUGCGUCGAUCGUGACGCCAGCCACACUUUCUGUUCAGUACAUCGCUGUCCAGCAGUCCAAGUUAACGCCUGUUCCUAAGUUUGGAUUCACCAACUAUGAUUUUGUAGCUCCGCUCGAAGUGGAUGUUUCUUCCGGAACGGACUAUAGCGAGCUUGAUAAGAAUAGAGGUGCUUGA